AUGAAAAAUAAGGUUGGACCUUUGGUACAAAAAAUGGCUAAACAUCUUGGUCCAUUAGGUGGACUGAAUUUAUUUAGUCCAGGUCCUGGUACAUAUAAAGUUGGAAAUGGUUUAAGUUAAAAAUCAUAUUCAAUUGGAAAAAAAACAGUUUGUCCUGGAAAAUACUUUAUAUCUAAAUAUAAAAGUUCAAGUUCUAUGUAAUUUAAUCCUCUAUCUUCGAAAAGAUUUUAACAUAAUAAAAAAGAUUAAUAUCCCGGACCAGGAUAAUAUCCUAUACCUUAAUCUAUAGCUAAUGAUGGAAAAUAUAUAGUUUCUAAAUACAUUUCUAAUGGUUGUAGAUUUUUUCCGCGUUCAAAAAGAUUACCAUUACCUUAAGGAUCACUUUAAAACCCAGGACCAGGUGAUUAUAGAAUACCAAGUGAAUUUGGUUAUUAUGAAACAAAAAGAAUUGUUAAAUGA